AUGGUGAACACCAGAUCUAAAAUCAAGAAAAUCCAGAACACCAUAAACCUCUGGUUCUCGAAGGCUGCCAUGGCCGACACCAAUCAUCUGGCCACGGAGUCUGGAGCUCUGAUCGGUUCCAACGACGAUCUUUUAAUUGAAAUCCUUCUCCGAUUGCCUGUAACCUCUGUUCUUCGAUUCAAAUCUGUAUCCAAACACUGGCGUUCCCUUUUGAGUAACCGGCGAUUUACCCUACUCUAUAAAAAUGCUGGUUUUUUUGCUCGCAGUUUGUGUAUUCCAUUUGAUAAUGAGAACGAAAGCAUUCCUCCUUUUCGUAAUCUCGACUUCUAUCCUGAUCCUCGUGGUAUUAGAAUCAUGCAAUCUUGUAACGGAUUGCUGCUUUGUCGUAGCAAUGAAGGGGACGCACGUGUGUAUAAAUAUUACGUAUUUAAUCCCACCACCAAGCAAUUUGCAGUCAUCCCAUCAAUUCUCGGAGGCAUGGCUUUUCGUAAAACCAUAAUAUUUAUGGCUUUGGCAUUUCAUCAAACAGAUUGUGUUCACUACAAGGUUGUUUGCUUUUACUUUCCUGAGCCUGACGAUGUGAUUAAGGUUCAAAUCUACUCUUCCGAAACAGGGAAAUGGAAGAUUUCAGAUGAUUAUAUGUCUUUACCCGAUUGCUCUAUCGACUACAUAGUUUUUUGGAAUCAAGCGAUCCACUGGUAUCCGUUCGAUGAGAAGUCAUACUUUAAGCUCGACACAGAAGAAUUUCAAUCGUUGCCAUCUGAAGAUUUUGAAAACUGGGAGAUGACACUUUACUUUGGGGAGUCGCGAGGUCAUCUGCAUUUGGUGGAGAGGGUCGAUCGUUUACAGCUUAAUGUGUUCGAGAUGCUAAACGAUCAUUCAGGGUGGUUUCUUAAGUAUCGAGUUGACCUUGAUGAACUUACAGAUGCUUACCCGGAGAUGAUCUGUAGCAAUCUAGAUCCAUUGAGCUUGGAUUAUUACGAAUUUGAUGUGUUUGAUGUGGUUAGGGGUGAAGAAGAAGAAGAAACAUUUAUGGUGAUCAGAGUUCCAGGGAAGGUCAUAAGGUAUAAUGUUGUCGACAAGAGUUUCAAGCAGAUAUCUGACAAGAUCGGACAAACCAGAGGCAUAUAUGUUCAUCGUUAUAUUGAAUCUUUGGUGUCUUUCUAAUAUAAAUAGUAAGGUCCAGUUUGUGUGUAACCUUCAAAAUCCUAUUUUCUACUAUUACUUUAUGAGGAAUCAAAAGGCUAAGCACUCCAAUUGAAGGUUUUGCAUUGAUUUUUACUAUUUUAAUUAGUCUUUGAAAAUGUUAUAUACCAUUGGCACAAAAAGACUACAUAUUGUUAACAAAAUAAAUUGAAAGCACAAUGUUAUUCUUGGGUAGAUUUUUAAAUAUACAAUGUCUCGAUACAAAAAAAAAAAA